AUGUCCAUAGGCGUGACGUGUGUCUUCCUGGUCUUCCCCGCCUCUUACAUCCCUGUGUUCAUCGUGCACAAGAUCGACUGGAGAUUCGACCCCGUGAACAACCAGACACGCCUCAUGGCGGCCUUCACCUCAGACCGCGAGCAUGUACGAGCUGUCAGCUACUACAUCAACGACGUCGUACUGCCCACAGUGUGCAUUCUGGUCGUUCUAGCGUGCACUCUGAUCACAAACGCCAGUCUCCGUUCUAGCGCCCGCUGGAAGAGAGAGAAGAUGGGGUCUUCUCGCACCGUCAAAGACGACAACAAAAACAGCAAUAAAACCAAAACCAAGAUAGCGUCGUCCGUGUCGAACGCGGCGGGGCGGGAGAACCGUGUGGCGCGCAUGGUGCUGCUCAUUUCCGCCAUGUUUGUCGUCUGUUUCUCCCCAUUCGUUCUGCUGCUGUACGUACGGUUUGUCUACCCCGAGAUCGGCAUGUGGGAAGAGCAACACAACCUCUACAUCUGUCUCUACGGCAUCGUCUUCACUCUGGAGAUGGCAAACUCGAUCCUCAACGUCUUCGUCUACUACGGGAUGAGCACCAGGUACAGGGAAACCUGUCUACAGAUCUUUUGUUCCUCCAGAUCGAAUAAGUAG